UCUAGCUGGGACCUGGUGAGAUUCUGUCUCCGCUGCGGCGCUCCUGAUCUGUCGCCUGGGUCGGGUCCCACGCCUGGCUCGGCCAUGAGCCGGUGCGCUGAGGCGGCGGCGGUGGCGGCCACAGUGCCGGGCUCGGGCGUCGGGGAGGCGGGGCUGCGGCCGUCCAUGGUGCCGCGCCAGGCGUCCUUCUUCCCGCCGCCGGUGCCGAACCCCUUCGUGCAGCAGACGCAGAUCGGCGCGGCCAGGCGGGUCCAGAGGCGUCUAAGGAAGAAAGAACUGUCGAUCGGAGAGAAGAGGACUUUUGAGGGUCCGAAAAUUACUGAAACGGCUUUGAAGUUUCUGGGUCGUGCCAUGUUCUUUUCAAUGGGAUUUAUAGUCACUGUGAAAGGAAAGAUUGCAAGUCCUUUGGAAGCACCAGUUUUUGUUGUUGCCCCUCAUUCGACAUUCUUCGACGGGAUUGCUUGUGUGGUAGCCGGGUUACCUUCUAUGGUAUCUCGAAGCGAGAACGCACAGGUCCCUUUGAUUGGCAGACUGUUACGGGCUGUGCAACCAGUGUUGGUGUCCCGUGUAGAUCCAGAUUCCCGAAAAAACACAAUAAAUGAAAUAAUAAAGCGUGCAACAUCAGAAGGAAAAUGGCCGCAGAUACUAGUUUUCCCAGAAGGUACUUGUACUAAUCGUUCCUGUUUGAUUACUUUUAAACCAGUCCAGGCAGAAGCUCUGGGAAUACCAGUAACAGAUCAUACCUAUGAAGACUGCAGAUUGAUGAUUUCAGCAGGACAGCUAACAUUGCCUAUGGAAGCUGGGUUGGUGGAAUUUACUAAAAUUAGCCGGAAAUUGAAGUUAGAUUGGGAUGGUGUUCGUAAGCAUUUGGAUGAAUAUGCAUCUAUUGCGAGUUCCUCAAAAGGAGGAAGAAUUGGAAUUGAAGAAUUUGCAGAGUAUUUAAAGUUGCCUGUUUCAGAUGUCUUGAGACAACUUUUUGCACUCUUUGAUAGGAACCAUGAUGGCAGUAUUGACUUCCGAGAGUAUGUGAUCGGCCUAGCCGUCUUGUGCUACCCCGCCAACACAGAGGAGAUCAUCCAGGUGGCAUUUAAGCUCUUUGAUGUUGAUGAGGAUGGCUACAUAACCGAGGAAGAAUUUUCCACCAUUCUGCAGGCUUCCCUUGGAGUGCCUGACCUUGAUGUUUCUGGUCUCUUCAAGGAAAUAGCCCAAGGGGACUCUAUUUCCUAUGAGGAAUUUCAAAGAUUUGCCCUCAAGCAUCCAGAGUAUGCUAAGAUAUUUACAACAUACUUAGACCUUCAGACCUGCCAUGUGUUCUCACUCCCAAAAGAAAGGCUCGGCGUGCCCUGGGGACCAAUGAAGUCCCUCUCGCCAGCCGCACCCAUGCUUCUGGCGCGGAUGAACCCGCAGGUGCAGCCCGAGAACAGCGGGGAGGACCUGGCGCCCGAGCAGCCCCUGCGGGCGCGCAAAACUGCGGAGCUGCUGGUGGUGAAGGAGCGCAACGGCGUCCAGUGCCUCCUGGCGCCCCGCGGCGGCGACGCGCAGCCCAGGGAGACCUGGGGCAAGAAGAUCGACUUCCUGCUGUCAGUGGUCGGCUUCGCGGUGGACCUAGCCAACGUGUGGCGCUUCCCCUACCUCUGCUACAAGAACGGCGGCGGUGAGCGCCUG